UUGUUCCCGCAGAGAGGCAAGAAGAUGGCGGCCGUGUCGAGCGGAGGUGCAGCUGGGUCCGCUGCGGCCGGGAUUACGCACUCUACCCGACCGACACACGGCAUGGGCUCCCAGAACCGAACGCAGCCACCCUCCGCUAUCAGCCACUCCAGUCGAACCGGCCCGGCCGCGGGCUGCAUCACUAAUCCGGGCCACCCUUCGGCCACCAGGGCCCCCCCAGCCCGAGUGGGUUUCUACGAAAUUGAGCGGACCAUCGGCAAGGGAAAUUUCGCGGUUGUAAAGCUAGCCACGCACAUCAUUACCAAAGCCAAGGUGGCUAUAAAGAUAGUGGACAAGACCCAGCUGGAUGAUGAGAACUUGAAGAAGAUCUUUAGAGAGGUGCAGAUCAUGAAGAUGCUGAGGCACCCCCACAUAAUCCGCCUCUACCAGGUUAUGGACACAGAGAGGAUGAUCUACCUUGUAACAGAGUAUGCCAGUGGAGGAGAAAUAUUUGACCACCUGGUGGCUCAUGGGCGCAUGGCAGAGAAGGACGCCAGAAAGAAGUUCAAACAGAUCGUGGCAGCGGUUCACUUCUGCCACUGUCGCAAUAUUGUCCACCGAGACCUGAAGGCAGAGAAUCUGUUGCUGGACCACAAUCUCAACAUUAAGAUUGCAGACUUUGGCUUUAGUAACCUAUUUUCUCGGGGUCAGCUGUUGAAGACAUGGUGUGGCAGUCCUCCCUACGCUGCUCCAGAACUCUUUGAGGGCAAGGAAUAUGAUGGUCCUAAAGUAGACAUCUGGAGCCUUGGUGUGGUGCUGUAUGUGCUGGUCUGUGGUGCCCUGCCCUUUGAUGGCAGCACUCUCCAAAACCUGAGGGCACGAGUCCUCAGUGGCAAGUUCCGUAUACCCUUCUUCAUGUCCACAGACUGCGAGUACUUGAUCAGACACAUGCUGGUGUUGGAGCCCAGCAGGCGGCUAUCCAUGGAGCAGAUUUGUAAGAACAAGUGGAUGAGGCAAGGUGACCCAGACCCAGACUUCGACAGGUUGAUAGCGGAGUGUGAGCAGGUUAAGACGGAGAGAGAGACAGAGCUCAUCAAUGAUCAGGUGCUCAUGGCUAUGUCUGAAAUGGGCUUGGACCGAGAGCGCACGCUACAGUCCCUACACACAGAUGCAUAUGAUCACUACAGUGCCAUCUACAGCCUGCUAGCUGAUCGCCUCAAGAAACAUAAGACUCUCCGUGUCGCUCCGCCAACACGCCCUAUUGGCUAUCCCCUCAAUGCUGUACAGCAGACAGAUCAGCAGGGUAAUCCAGUUAGCAUGACUGUUCCCCAUGUCCAACUCAUCAAUCCAGAGAACCAGAUUGUUGAGCCGGAUGGUAGCAUGGCAUUGGACAGUGAUGAAGGGGAGGAGCCAUCUCCUGAAGCUAUGGCGCGCUACCUGUCAAUGAGACGACACACUGUGGGCGUACCAGACCCCAGGACAGAAAUGCAGGAGGAACUCCAGAAGCUUCCACCAGGCUUCCCCCGUGGCACAGUGCCCCAGCCCCCUUUCCCUCAGCUGACCCCAAACAUUGGCCACAUGCACACCCUCAUGCCCACACAAAGCCUACAGCCCACACAACAACUGGAGUACAAGGAGCAGUCAUUGCUGCAGCCCCCCACUCUGCAGCUGCUCAACGGUAUGGGGCCCUUGGGUCGGAGGGCCUCCGAUGGUGGGGCCAACAUACAGCUCCAUGCUCAGCUUCUAAAGAGGCCGCGGGGCCCCUCGCCUCUUGUAGCCAGCCCACACCCUAUCCCUGCUGUGGCUCCUGUGGAUGAAGAGGGAUCAGAUGGAGAGCCUGACCAAGAGGCGGUCCAGAGGUACCUGGCGAACCGCUCCAAGCGGCACACGACGCACGCGCUCAUGAGCACAUCGCAUGGCGAGCCCUUGGCGGAGUCACAGCGGCUCCAGGGCCCCCGCCAGAGGGGGGGCUGGGCCCCCGACACACACACCCGAUCGAGUUAUAAGGACUGCAACACACUCCACCUCCCCAUGGAGCGUUUCUCGCCUGUCCGACGAUUCUCUGAUGGUGCUACCACCAUCCAGGCCUUCAAGGCUCACCUGGAGAACAGCAGCCUCAUUCGACAACUCAAGCAGGAGUGUGAGCAGCUCCAAAAAAUGUAUGCUGCACCACAAGACGAGCGACUCCUGGAGCACACCCAACAGCAGCACAUUCUAUACCAGCAAGAGCAGCAAAUCCUCCACCAGCAAAUCCAGGCCCUGUCUUUAGGACAUGGAGAGAGCCAGCCCAGUCACCUCACCCACCAGCUUCAGAGGCUCCGUAUCCAGCCCUCCAGCCCUCCGCCAACACAUCCCAGCAACCACCUCUUCAGACAGCCCAAUCAGAGUCCUCCACCGGGCUCUGCAGCGAUAAUGCAGGGGCAUGGAGGUCCAUCAUCAGUGCAGUACCAGCAUGGUGCUACAUCCCUCUAUCAGGCCCAGAGCGGCAGCCCACCUCCCACAAGCCUCCCAAGAGUCUCCUUACCAGCUAAUCAGGCAGCAGUAUCUGCCCGCACGGGUGUUCCUAUAAACCAGGCAGUACCCCAGCAACAACAGGUGACCAUUCAGGUGCAAGAGGUGGAACUUGGAGGUGGCACACAGAGGCAGAGUAGCUUCUUGUCCACACCAUGUGGACACCGGGUCCUUGGAAAGCAGCUAAGUGCAGACAAUGCUGAGACGCACAGUCGUAGCCUUGGGCGCUUUUCGUCGGGCUAUGACCAGGCCCAGUUUAACCCCCACCUCUUCUCAAAUGAUGCUGCAUCACGGGGUGCCUCUGGUGUUGUUGGCUCCUACAACCCUUACUUACAGGGAGCCUCCCUCAAAGUGCCCGGCUUGGAGGGCUACCAGAGUGGAGCAGUUGGGACCAGUGGCUACGGUAGUCCCUCAGCGCUACAACAGGCCCUGCUCUCCCCCACCCCAUUGGAGUACCGGUCCCCACAACAACACGUCACUCCCACCCUGCAGGGUCUCCUUUCCCCCCGCCACUCCCUUACAGGCCAUGCAGACCCCAGGCUGCCCCCCCAGGACCUCGCUGCCCUGCUGAAGAGGCAGAGCCCCCGGCCAGGACCAGCACCCCCGACCCCACCCAGCACUGGGCCCCAGGACUAUGGAGAAAUGCUGCUGCUCCGCCAGCUGAGCCAAGGUGAGACCCUGGAACCCCCCACCCCACAGGGAGCGUCUGGAACCCAACACUACCACCACCUCCUACAGAUCCGACCCCCAGAGGUCCAGCCCCAGCAGCAUCCAGCCCAGGCUCCCUGUCCUGGCCUGCCCCACUCGGAGAGCAUGGAGGAGGAUGAGUUACCUGCUGGGUACCACCACACACAUGAGGGCCUGCUUGCCAAGGCUGGGGAAGGGCACGAGCUGCUGGGACCACCCCAAGGAGGCACCCCACCCUACAAUUCCCCUACACACAGGCAUGGCUACAUAAGGACUGCUUCAGCAGCCAGAGAUCCAGAACAUGUAGAGUGCAGAACCUCGGGACAGGCCAUGGAUGUGCCUGACCAUAAUGGUGUGAGCUACUCACGGGGUGCCACCGGUGACACUUACAGGUCUCGUGGGCAGCUACAGCGUCAUCACACGAUCCAAACCUGCGACGAUGCCUAUGACCAGGCGGAGCCGAUGUCUGGGAUGAGCCUGUUAGCUGGGAAAGCACUGAGCUCCGCCCGCAUGUCUGACAUCCUCAGUCAGACAUCACUAACAGGAAGUCAACAGCUGCACCAGCGGGAAGAGUCAGUAUGUGACGUGGAGGGAGAACUCCAUGCAGCAACCUGCUACCCCUCUUCCUGCACCAGUGACAUGCUUCUCAGCUACAAGCCCCCAGACCUGCAGUACAGCAUGGAGCAGGCAGGGGUCUAGCACAGGGGUUACAUCCUGUGUAUAGAGGUCCAUAUCAGCCACCCUGAAUUGUGUUGACUUGAGUUGAGCAGCAUCAUGCCAAACCGCCAUUGUCUGCCCAGAGAGGUUGCUCUAUGUCCGUCUUUCUGUCCCCACCUGUCCCCUGGAGGGCAGUCCAAUUGAGUGGGAGUGGGAUUAGGAAGGGUUUUUUUUUUUUUUUUUCAGGGUCAAAGUGCCAGCCUUUUCUGCGCAUCCAGCAACACCUGGAUGUCCGGAUUGUCGUUAUCUCUUGAUUUCACUCCACCGUCUGAUUUCAAUCGAUUGGGAUUCCCUUCCUCCCUCUCUCAACUCGCCUUGUCUCCGCUCACCUCUUCCGUUCAAACCACAGCCCUCUGCUGCCCCAGUCUCAGCCCUCCGCGUCCUUUUAGUCCUCUCUUAAAUGUUGACAUAAUGACAAAGUAUGAGUGUCAUUGGCCGAGGCAUUCAUUGAGUCAAACUUGCAGGAUAAUUGAAAUUUGAAAAAUAAGAAUUAUAAAAUACUUACAGACACACAAAGAAAAAUGUAUACACACCCCUGCCACAAACCCAAAGUAUUCACUUGAAGUCUGUGUGUGUGUGUGUGUGGGGGGGGGGGGUGGACGGGCAGAGGGGACAGUGAAUCUCACUGAGUUUUGCCCUCUCCCCCUCUCCUCUCCUUCAGUGGACCAUUCCAGAGUGUGUACUCUGAGCCAAUGAGGCGGCCCCUCGGAGUGGAGCAGCCCGUUACUUUGGGCUGCGUGGGGAUGUUGUCGAUCAGGCUCUUUAGGGGCAAUGAGGUGGUUCUUCCAAAUAGGAGGGCUGUGGCAUCGCACAGGACAAACCAGCCCUCUCUUUUAUUUCUUUUUUUCUUUUUGUUUCUUUCUUCCCCCUUGUUCUGGCAUUCAUUUUCUUUUCUUUCUUUUUUUAAAUUUCAAAAUUAAAAAUGUAGAAAUGAUUUAUUGUUACUCUUAUUGCUAUUACUGUUUCCAUGAAAGAAGUUUUAUUGUUAUUAUAAUGAAUAUUAUUAUUAAAGGAAAAACAACUCUUUGUUGCAAGGAAGACAAUAUUUUUUUUGGAUCACUUAAGUAAUUCUGCACUUUCGGUUCAAUCUUCUUUCUGUCCUUUUUCAGCCGUCUUCCCAACUUGCCCUCUUGUGUCUUUUCUCAUCUCUCAUCUCUCUUGCCAUCUCAUAUUAGCCCCAUUCUUCCAUUCCAUCCCCCCACCCCCCUUUAUUUUUUUUACCUCCCUUCUCUAUCCCGCUCCCUUGUCAGUGAUGGUAUAUUGCGUUUUGGGUAGUUUUACCAGAGAUUUGCUCCUUUCCUUGUACAGUGAUGCCAUGUAUAGAACGCUAUUGCAAUUUGUGUAUCGAUUUUUUUUUUCUUUUCUUUUUUUAUUACUUUUAUUUUUAGAUGCCGGGGAGGCUCUUUUAUAUUGCUGUUGUUUAUCAUUUGUAUUUUUGAUGUCUUUGAAAUAUUUGUUUUUGUUUUUUUCCUCUGAAUAUUGAGAUUUCUAGCCAAAAGAGGACAGAGAGAAGAAAGACGGUGCUCUUUCCUUGACGUAAAAAUAUUUGUUUUAAUAUUAUUAUAUCAAGACACUUGAAUAAGAGUAGAGUAAUUAUUUUGUGUUGCUUUUUAAAGUAUCAUUUCAAUCAUUGAUGUUGUUGUGACUGUUGUCAUCUUGUUGAUGUUGGUCCUGUUUCUGUUGAUGGGGUAGUUGUGGUAGGCUAAAUAAGGGGUCAGGCUUUGGGCUUUGUCAUCUGGGGUUGAUUUCGGGUGCUACAGAGACUUAACGUAUAAAACACAAGGGAUUCGGAACUUGUAAAAUAGCUUACAUAUCAUAAACAUGACGAGUGUGGAGAUGGACAACCCCCCCCCCUUCACGUUCUCUUCCUUCCUUUUACUCCUUCCCUUCCCACUCUGUUCAGCCUCAGAUGUCUGUCGCACAACGGACGUAAGCCCUUCCUCCAUUGCUGGCCUUGUUACUACAGCAGCCAAGGAGGACACUACUACUACUACAACUACUCACCUACCCUUCUCACCCACCUCUGUCUUUCUUUAUCUCCCCUUACGUUGUGCCCCCCCCACCCCCCCGCUGCCUCCAUUCCCCAAAACCUGGAACAGAAGAUGGGACGAGGCGAGAGGACCCUUGACUUGGAAACUUAUUUGUCCUGCCUCCCUGAACCAUACGCGAGGAAUUUAAAGAGGCGUCCAUAGGAAUGGACUAUUUGAAUGGAAGCUUCAACACAGAGGGAACAUGAAGCCGUUGCCGGCGUAGGGCGUGUUCCAGCCCUUGACACGUCUGUAGAGGCCGCACUUGGUGUCCGAGGCCUAAAGCAAAAAAAAAAAAAGGGAUGGAAGAGAUAACGGGAGCAAACUGUCGUUUUUGAGAUUUGCGAAAACGAUGAGGAGUGGAGUGACUCAUGCGGAGACAACUUAAACGAAACUGUGGGGUCGGGGGCGGGGGGGACCAAAGGAGUCGGAGACCUUCUUCAAAUUGCACAUGUCCUCUGGGUGAUUGGAAAGACCCGACACCCCCCACCCCACCCUGCCAUUUCAAUCUGUCUUUAUUCCUUCCUCCCUCCCUCCCUGCUCGUGUGUUAGCCGGCUCUCUGCUCCGCUCCUGCAUCUUAGGUUUAUUUUAUUUUAUUUUUUUUUAAUUUUUUGUUUGUUUUUUGUUUUUUUGGUUGAUUUUUGUCCUUUUUUUAUUUGUUUUAAGUACAACAAUACUACAGUGCAACAGCAAUGAUUAAAAAGAUUACCAACCAAACUGACAUGAAUAAAUGAAUAUAUAUAAAUAAAGAAAUAAUUUAA